UGAUAAGCUUUUGAGGAAAUUUUGGGAAAUAGAAGCCGAACCUUCGUUAGUUAAAGCAAAGAAACAUUUAACGGAAGAGGAACAGCUAUGUGAAUCAAUAUAUUCAAGCACGACUAAAAGGGAUUCUUUUGGUCGUUAUAUAGUGAAGCUGCCAUUCAAAGAAUACAGUCCACAAUGCUUAAAUGGAAACUCAAAAGAAAUAGCACUUAGAAGAUUAUAUUCAUUAGAACGCAAAUUAGACAAGGAGAAAGAUUUGAAAGAAAAAUAUGCAGAGGUAUUUGCUGAAUAUCUCAGUCUAAAUCAUAUGGAGAUUAUUCCACCUGAAAAACAUAAAAGCUCCAAAGGUUUUUAUUUACCACAUUUUGCUGUGGUGCGCAACGAUAGAAGUACAACAAAAGUACGUAUUGUCUUUGACGCAUCGUGCCCAGGAUCCAACGGUGUUUCUUUAAAUCAAGACUUAUUGGUUGGUCCCACAUUACAGGAUGACUUGAGACAUAUUUUAAUGAGAUGGCGGGCACAUCCUGUAUGUAUUUCUUCUGAUAUUGUGAAGAUGUAUCGUCAAGUUCGUGUAUCUUCAGAAGAUGUUGAUUUUCAGCGUAUUCUUUGGCGUGAAAAUUCUGCUUCUGAGGUACAACAUUAUCGACUUUUGACAGUUACAUUUGGUACAUCGUCAGCUCCAUAUUUAGCAAUUCGCUCAUUACGUCAAGUAGCUUAUGACGAGGGUGUUCAUUUCCCAAUAGCUGCAAAAAAAGUGUUGUCAGACUUUUAUGUUGAUGAUUUGAUGUCAGGAUGUGAAAAUUUUAUAGAAGGUCAACAGCUAUAUACUGAAAUGAAACAAUUGCUUAGAAAAGGAGGGUUUGAAUUACAAAAGUGGACAAGCAAUGAUAAAAAUCUAAUGAAGUGGAUAGAAAACGAAGAAAAACUUGGAGAUAAAAGUAUGAAAGAGCAAAUAAAAGAUAAUAGAAACAGUGAAGACAAUGAUAAUAAAAUUGCAGAGGAAGAGUCUAAGACAGAGACACCAAAGUUUGUUGAUAAAUCUGAUUCGAUUACUAAAAUAUUGGGUCUUACGUGGGACAAAUGUAACGAUACAUUUAAAUAUUUAGUGCAGUUGCCGACAAUUGAAGAGCCAAUCACGAAACGGAAAGUGAUCUCAGAUAUAUCACGUCUCUAUGAUCCAUUAGGUUGGCUUGCUCCAAUUGUAAUAAAAGCUAAGAUUUUUAUUCAAAAACUAUGGACAUCAGGUUUGAAAUGGGAUGAAAAACUUACGCCUCAAUUACUAACCGAAUGGGUCGCAUAUAGAAACGAGCUUUUAUUAAUAAAAAGUUUCGAGAUACCCCGAUGGAUGAACACUCGAAAGGAUGAUACUUCUGUUCAGCUUCAUGGAUUUUGCGAUGCAUCGAGUGAAGCAUAUGCCGCAGUUGUCUAUAUCCGUGUUAUUGAUAAAUGUAGUAAUAUUAAUGUAAACCUUGUUACUUCUAAAACAAAAGUAGCUCCUAUCAAACAACUGUCAAUACCCCGAUUAGAACUUUGUGGGGCAACACUACUUUCUAAAUUAUUAAUAGAGGUAGCUGAUACUUUAGGUAUUCCAAAGCAACACAUUCAUGCGUGGAGUGAUUCUUCAGUUGUACUUGCAUGGCUUAGUAGCCAUCCAAGCCGGUGGAAAGUAUUCGUCGCUAACCGUGUAGCAGAGAUUUUAGGAAGUUUAGACAGAUCUCAAUGGUCUCAUGUCCAAUCAAAAUAUAAUCCUGCGGAUAUUGCAUCGCGUGGAAUUAUGCCGUCUGACAUUUCAAAAAUGAGACUGUGGAAGCAAGGACCAGAUUUUUUUUUUUUUUUUUUUUUCUUAACUUCCAUGUUAACUGUAGUCGUGGUGAAUAAAUGA